AUGAAGACGACAACUCUUCUCUCGGCCACAGUCGCCGCCCUCUCAGCGCUCAUCGCUCCCGCUGUUGCUGACUCUCACGCUCAAUUUGUCCUCUUCCGUGGCGAGGGCUGCACCGGAAGCACCCUCACGCUGGAUGAGUACUUUGGCGAUAAUGCCGUCUCGUCGCCACUGGGCGAAGGUUUCUCCUCGGCUAGACUCCAGAAUCCCGACGGUGGCCAUGCGUUUGGAGUCUGCGGUCAGGGCUUUUCAUGCGGCGGAGCCCACGUCAUCCUCGACACUAUCAACUGCUUCCAGCUCCAGCAGGCGAACGGAAACGCGAUCCACAUCGACAAGACUUGCGUUGACGGUGGUUGCUUCUCAUAA